CCACGAUGAGCAACAUAACGAGAAAUCAAGAAAUGGAGUCUCCUCGUAUUAUUACACUCUUCUCAUUAAUUCUAGCAAACAUUUUAAUCCUCGUCACCUCUUCUUCUCAAAACUACGACGAUUUUCUCGAAUGCCUAAGCGAUCAAUUCCAACGCUCAAACUCAGCCACUGAUAUCAUCUACACCCCUCAAAAUGUAACAUACGCAUCUCUACUACUAGCACAGAAUCUCCGCCCCGCCGCCACGGCGCGGGAGAGGCCGGAGCUCAUCAUCACGCCGCGUCGCGAAGCCGAUAUCCAGGCAGCGAUUCAUUGCUCCAAGAAACUCAACCUGCCCCUCAGAGUCAAAAGCGGCGGCCAUGAUUUCGAAGGCCUCUCAUACACUUCCCAAACCCCCUUCGUCGUCGUCGACAUGCGCAACUUCCGAUCAGUCACCAUCGCCCGCGACGGCAAAACUGCGUGGGUUCAAACCGGCGCCACGCUCGGCCAGCUCUACCACACGCUCGCCCUGAGAAGCCGGACUCUCGCUUUCCCGGCUGGCGUCUGCCCGACCGUGGGCGUCGGCGGCCACUUCAGCGGCGGAGGGUUCGGCAUGAUGUCCCGCAGGCAUGCUCUCGCCGCCGAUCACAUCGUCGACGCCAGAAUAGUCAACGCCGACGGAGAAAUCUUGGACCGGAAAACCAUGGGAGAAGAUCUCUUUUGGGCCAUCCGAGGCGGCGGAGGUACGAGCUUCGGCAUUGUUCUAGAAUUCAAGGUAACGUUGGUCACCGUGCCGGAAACGGUGACGGUCUUCAACGUCACACGGCGGUUGGAGGAAAACGCAACGGAGUUAGUCCACCGGUGGCAGUUCGUCGCGGACAAGAUCGACGACAACCUCCUGAUCAGGAUUUUCCUGCAUCCCGACGUAUCUCCGACGACCGGAAACAAAACGGUUGCCGCUUCUUUCACCUCCUUGUUCCUCGGCCGGGCUCGGGACCUUCUGCAGAUAAUGGAGAAGCAAUUUCCCGAGCUCGGAUUAACCGAACAAGACUGCCUCGAAAUGAGUUGGAUUGAAUCGGAGCUCUUCUUCUCGGGGCUCCGGGAUCAGCCCCUCGACGUUUUGCUGGAUAGAAAUCCACGCGACGUGUUGUAUUACAAAGGAAAGUCGGAUUACGUGAGCACGCCGUUCCCGUUAGAAGGCCUGAGAGGGAUAUGGCGAUUCCUUGUUGAAGAAGAGGGUUCGGAGCUGCAGUUCAGCCCCUACGGCGGGGCGUUCAACAGAUUCUCGGAGUCGGAAACUCCGUUCCCGCAUAGAAGGGGCACCGUUUUCAUGAUCGAAUACGUAGUAGGAUGGGAAACUCUGAAUCAAUCACAGCAGCACCUUGAUUGGUUAAGAAGAUUGUACGAUUACAUGGAGCGUUACGUGACCAAGUCUCCGAGGGCUGCCUACGUCAACUAUAGGGAUCUCGACAUCGGAAGGAAUAAUAUUGAGGGCAACACGAGUUAUGAACAGGCCAGUGUUUGGGGGCUCAGAUAUUUUAACAAUAAUUUUCGAAGAUUAGUUCGUGUCAAGACCAAAGUUGAUCCUUCCAACUUCUUCAGAAACGAACAAAGUAUUCCGCCUAUAUCGUCUUAAUAUAUUACUCCUAUAAGAAAGAUUCAUUCUUUCAGUCACUCGCGCGUAUAUAUAGACUGGUAAUUGGUAAUUGAUAAAUAAUUAUGUUGCAUGAUGAAUAAAGUGAUUUUGGUUUUAAUGUGUAGCGAGUUUAGAAUUGGUUUCUACUGGCGUUUGCCAUGUUCGUUGUAUUGUAUGUACAAAUAUGAUUGUCAUAUCUAUUUUUAUACGCGAGUUUCAAUCCCAUCUUACUUUGUAAUGUUUGCAAUUGCAAAGAAAAAUAAUAAAUACACUUUUUCAUGUCUUUAACA